AUGUUCGGUUUUGGAAGCGGGAAGUCAGCAUACCCCUCCCUACACGCUGCAACGAACGUUACGAGAUCAUCUAAAAUAGAUAGCGCCUCAUCGGCCGCGAAGAACGAAUCGACAACGUCUCCAGAUUUCCUUGAACCUGCGAUCGAUGGACCGCCUUCCCCCGAGCGGAUACGUGCCUAUACUGAGCAGAUGAAGAGGAGCUCAAUCUUUGGCAAUAACUCGAGGACUAAUACCUUCUCAUCAGCAACGUCUUCCUCCCGUUCCCGUGAGUCGACGGCUCCUUCGACGGAUAAUCCGAGCUUGUCUCGAAGGUCCUCGAACCGGUCGAAUACAAGCAGCAUGCCGUCAGUUCGGUCUGAACGGCCGGAGAGUGUCGCACUAUUUGGUUCGAUAUUUUCCAGAGCGGGGAGGAAAGUGAGAAGGGAUAGUGAUGCCGCGGGCUUGAAUCGUUCAUCUUCUUCACUUGUGAUUUCAACUGUUGGAAAGUCGACAUUUGGGGAAGGAUCGGCGAGGGAGCACUACUAUGGCAAAGGACGAAGCCCGCGGAGGAAACACCUCAUCUCUGGACCUUACAACUUCCAACAUGUCACUCAUACCCGACAGGACCAUCUCCCGAAUUUGGAACGCACAAGUCGAAUGCAACUCGUGUCAGAGUUCUCAGCCAUCCGAGCCUCUCAAUCGCCAACUCACGGCGAGCUGAAAGGUAUCCGGGCAGAAGACCUGCACUUUGAGAACUUUUCUUCCGAAGCAAUCGAUGUGUCUGAACAGCCAGUGCCUGCUCCGAAGUCUCCAAAGAGCCCUCGGCAGCGAAGUGUACUGCGCAAGUCGAUCACCCCUCCUCAACCUCAGCGAGUGAUGAGCUACGCCAAAUCACAUGACAAUCUGAGAAGUCCUCCGCCUCGGCCACCACGGUCCCCUCUGUCACACGCAUGUCCUAUUGCACCGCCCGCUAGGACUUCCUCACGGACCGCUUCGAUACUUUUCGAUACCUUCGACCCCCUUGCCACCACCACUAUUGAGCGCCCAUACACGAACGGUGGAUUCAGGAGAGCCGCACCCUUCAGUCUACCAUCCCCAGCACCCCCCUCUUUGUCGUGGAAUGAACAGCAAGACUGCAGCUCCAACCAACCAUUGUCCCACGCUGUGACAACCCCUGGAGACGAGGCAUGGCCGUUGACGGCGUCACUCACCGGGAAUUAUGAGCUCGCAGAUGUCGAGGAAGAGGAUGAAGAGGUGGUGGCUAGGAAAUCGAGGGUUUCGGUCGCAAGCUCUGAGCUGAGAAUGUCCCAGUCGGUCCCGGCCCUACGACGACUUUCGUACGAACAGGCUAAGGAUAUGCUGGAGAACCGUAUGUCGACAACAUUGGGACGCUCGCCUUCUGGAGAAACUGUGGUGCCCCGAAAAACGCCACUGUCGCCGGGCUUCCAAUUGAUACACGACUCAUGGGAGGACGAUAUUGAUUACUGUUAUGAGCAUGAAGUGGAGGCCGAUUGUGAUUACCAGUGGGAUCGCUGUUCGGUCGAGGAAGAUACAGUUAUCAACGAGGCACCUCAGGCGCAACCGCAGCAGCAACCAAUACUGGAGCUGCACCUUCAAGACGAGGAGCGCAUCUACCACGGCCACUUCCGACCCUCUCUCCUCACUCCCACUCCAUUCGACCUACCUGAGUUGUCGCCAAUGUCCAACACCUCAACCGCUUCGUCCCAUCCACGCACUCCCUCUGACUUCUUGCGACCAAGCCAUGUGCGCUCUCCUUCGCACGCCUCGUCGUUCAAAGAAUCUCAUGGUUUCCAUCUCUCACCCACGCUUCUCAUUCCAACUGACUUUCAGUUGCAAAUGGAACAGGAUGAGAUUUAUCAUGAGCAAUACAACACACAGCCUGAUUCGGCCUCUAUUUUUGUUCAAGAUCCGUACCAACAUUCGAUCUCCCCAAUCGACGAGGGCACUUCGAGUACUGCCUCAUAUCGGUCGUCCAAUUUCUCACGUGGUUCAGCACGUAGCUCAUCCAGCACACGCAUGUCAGGGGCAAAUUCAAGAGGCAGUCAGGAUUCUAUGAUGUUACUUGGGCGCGCUGGAAAUUUGAGUGAGGAGCAUCGCAGUAUAGGGUCUGCUUCUUCACUUCCUGACCUUAUACCGUCAACCGCUCGUCAACCUGAGAUUGAGUUUUCUGCCAUGGUUGCUGGGUUACACAUCUCUGACGCAAACAUGGACUCAGCCCCAGCGCCUGAAGUUUCUGGUCCAGCACCAGCUCUCGCAUCGCUGCAGCAUCGACGGAUCAAGUCGCUUGUCUUAGAUGGACUUCGCAAAGGAGUAAACCAUUUCCCACCCGCGGCCUCUCAAGCUUCGGUCAACGAGUCUGCCAAUGCGAACGGAAAUUUGAGCCCAGUUAAGGAGUCGUUUCCCCUUUCACCAAGUGGCGGGAAGGGACAAGGAAAUAUACACGGCAGAAAGACCUCGGCUCCUACAGUGAGCUCGGUGAAGGAAUUCAAGGGUAGGGCCAGGGCUGCCACUUCAGCAGCAAAUCUGCCUGGAGGAAAGAGAAGAGGAAGUUACAUGUUGUUCCCGCAAGUUUGA